CUUAUAGGAACUCUAUUUUAGACUAGUGUCUUGGCAAUAGAAUAUAAAGGUCUCUCUCUCCCCUCUUAGAUUAAUUUCUUUUUCUUACUAUCCUAAUAGUAUUCGUAUCCUUGUCUUCUCUCCUCAAUAUCUCGUUCGCGCAACAACUACUUGUCUCAGUCCUUAGCCCUUGUUACUUCACCAGUCGACAUAUUAUAGCAAGAACUACGCCCUCUGUGGUAAUAUAUUAGCUUGACCUUUAUCAUGGCUAUUCAUCCAACUACUACAUCUAGACGCAAGGUCUAUCAAACCAGACGAGUAACUCAAGCACAUCGCAAUGCCAAAGCUCGGGUAGCUACUACGCGAGCUGGCAACAACACAGCUCGAGACAUUGUCCACGUCAACUGCACCUCCCCUACAUCCUCGCUGACCAAGAUCUUCACCAUCCCAGCCCGCAUCAUGAAGUUCUGCCCCGUCUUCGCAACGGCACUCCGGAAUACCCCUCACGGCCAACCAACCAAAAUGCCCCUCCUUAUCGAGCCCGCCGUAUUCGCGACCGUCAUCUGUUGGCUGCAAACCCAUCAAUUGCGGGUCCCGCCCGAGGUUACUCGUACACCCUCUCCCACGUUUACCGCCACCCUCCAAUUAACAGCCAGACAGUGGAAUCUUCCCCAACUGCACGAACAAGUAGCUGCCAAGCAACGACAGCGUGCAUCUAGGCUGGCGAUGGCAGCUCCGGCCCAGAAAGUCCAUCAGGUGUAUUGGCGUGAGCUGGAUGCUCAUGCUCAGAGGAUCCGACGGCUACAGGGCGGAUUGCAGAUCACGAGGAUGUGGAAAUCGCUUGCAGUCGGGUCGGCGAGGAGGGAGGCGUUUGUUAGGUUCUGUGUUGAUCGGUUUGCGGUGGGUGGGAGAAAGCUCCCGCCUAAUAUCCCGCGAGAGUUGCGUGUCCUGAUUAUUAAUGACCUCAAUCGUAUUGCCGCUGAGGCAGAGAAUGUUCAGGAUUGGAUUAUUACCUAAGCUGUUGAUGAGCACGUGAAGCUGGAGGGGACUGUGAACUAUAUUGGAAAACACCGAAGUCAUCAGCGUAUUAUGAGAUACGCGGGGUUGAAUAGAGCAUGAAAUAAAUCGACACGGCCAUUUGGAUUCUGGAUUUAACGACGGUUCUGGUUUGCGAGAAAAAAAAGAAAAAGAAAACAAAAUCUAGGUUUCGAUUUUAAUUACGCAGAAGUCUUAUUAUUUCGAGUUAUUAUUAUUCUGAAUUAGCUUUAUUCAUAUCUCUUCUAUCAAGCUUUAUAUAUAGUAUCAA